AUGGCUCGUGGAAGAGUUAAUACUCGAAGCCAGACCUCACAAGGAAGAUCCUCCCAUAACUCCAAUCCUUUCUCUGUUUUGGAGCCAAAUAAUUGUGUCCACAAUGAUCCAAAUUGUCAUCCACACUAUCUUUCCAACAGUGAUCAUCCAAGUGCAAAUCUCGUUCCAAAAGUUCUUACUGGUAGUGAUAACUAUCAUUCAGGGAAACGUGCAAUGAGAGUUGCACUACUGGCUAGGAAUAAGAUGCAGUUUGUUAAUAUAAAAUUGCAAGAACCUGAUGAAGAUCAUGAAGAUUAUGAUGCUUGGCAUCAAUGCAACAGUUUAAUAGUUUCCUGGUUGCUGCAUUUGAUUUUUUCAGAGAUUUAUGACAACAUAAUGUACAUGGAGAUUGCAGCUGAUGUUUGGGAAGAUCUUUAA